UCCCGUCGCUCUGGCAAAAUGCCUUGUCCAGUGAUAACGGAGAAGUAUCCCAAACAGAUUCAGCACCCAGUGAGGGUCUAACCAAAACCGAAGGAAAUGAAGUUUCAUCACCUGUCGGAAAACCUCUGAAUUUAUCAGAGGCCAGUGGAAGCGUACCUGUAACAUCCAGCACCUCAGUCCAGCAACAGACGACUACAACAGCUAGUGACAAAGCGGACUCAGACAACACUACUACACCCAAAACAACCACUGUCUCUAUGAAGCCUGAAAACAUAAGCAGCCAGAAUGGAAUUUCAACUGCCACAACUGGAUCUGGAACCCAGAGUAACCACAGUGUGACCACAAGCAGCACGACCACUAAGGAAGGAACUCGGCCAGCCUCUGAACCUCAGAAUCUAAGUAAACCCUCAGACACCACUACUGCUCUCACUUCCUUGACCACCCCCGCAAGCACUCGCCAGUCUAACAUGGUCCCUGUGCCUUCGAAGCCCUCAGGGAACUCCUCCGAGGGACCGAAGGAAGUUACUACAGCUGCUAGUUCAGGCCCAGUGGCGGGUCCCACCGUCACAACUCAGGGGAUGCUGACCACACCAGUACCACAGGUUUCCUCACCCGGCACUCAGCACACCUCCAGCAACAUGCCAGCUGUCACUGGGAGCUCUGCGGCUCUGCAGCCUACAGGCUCUUCACUGGGACCUGGGACCUCAUCACCUGUCGCGGGACCCACAAGCUCCAACACUCUGUUGAUGCCAACUGCCUCACAAGGCUCCAGCACCCCUUCCAUUGUCUCAGUAGUUUCAGUACGUGGGGCAAAGAUACAGUGCGAGUCUCCUGAAGCACCAAAAGAGAAGAUGCUCAUCCUGAACCUCUCGACACCCAUUAGCUGUGAGGCAAGCCCUUUCAAUGAGAAACUGGUCACACUUCUGUGCCAAGCAGCAAAUGCCACCUUCAGCCUAGUUCAAGAUGAGUGCUGUGUUCGGCUGGCACCUGUUAUAGACUUUCCGGGAGUGCAAAUCAAAGAAGUCACUAUUCGCAAAAGAUUCUCUCCCAAGGACGUGUAUGAACUGCUGCACAAUAAAUGGGAUGCGCUAAAAGGGGUGGGAGUUACUAACAUGGCAUUGGGGGAUCGAGGACCACCAGAAGAGACUGAGGACCGGUUCAGCAUGCCCCUCAUCAUCACCAUUGUCUGCAUGGCAUCCUUCUUGCUUCUGGUCGCGGCCCUCUAUGGCUGCUGCCACCAGCGCCUCUCCCAGAGGAAGGACCAGCAACGACUAACAGAGGAGCUACAGACAGUGGAGAAUGGUUACCAUGACAAUCCAACACUGGAAGUGAUGGAGACCUCAUCAGAGAUGCAGGAGAAAAAGGUCGUCAACCUUAAUGGGGAGCUGGGGGACAGCUGGAUCGUCCCUCUGGACAACCUGACCAAGGAUGACCUAGAUGAGGAGGAAGACACACACCUCUAAUCAGGUCUGCGGGCGGCCUCCAGCAGUGCACAGAGCUCCGGCUGAACCACCUCAAGUGCCAUUUGGAUAGGGGAGGAGAUCCUCCCCCUCUGAGGGAAAGACUGGAGAGGAGACCAGACUUGGAGGGCUCCCUCCUUCCAGUCCCCACAGGCCUUAUUCUUCAAGUUGAACACAUUCUGUCUAGAAUCCUUUCGUAAAAUAAUCCACUAGUGCCUGAGCUCAGUGCUGCUGGGGGAUCUGGAAAGAGCCACAUUUAGAGAUGAGCUAGUAGAAUUCCUUCAUUUCACAGACUGGCCUAAAGAGAGUAAAGUCAAGGUCACCCAGCUACUGGGUGACAAGAGUUAGGAUGAAAACAAAGAUUACUUCGUUCAGUCCAGUGCUCAUUCCCACCAUGCCAUGCUCUUGCGGUCACCUGUGCCCUCCCUCCAGAGCUGCCCUGGGCAGGGGGUGAAGCUGCCAGUCAGUGGAUAGGAUGGAGGGGAGAGCAGGGCCAGAUCCUGUCUCAGUGGAAUCUGAUACUUGAAGGGAUUGGUCCCCUUUUCUGUCUCCUACGCCAGCCUCGUCUGCCAGUGUCCCAUCCUCUUUCUUCUCCCUGCUCCCUUCACUCAGUUUUUAUUCCCACUCUGUCCCAGAGCCCCUGGGACUAACACAGGUCAUUCAUGACCUUGAACCCAUUGUUCUGGAUUCUAGUUUCCUGGCAUUUGCUUAAUGAGUUAGGACUGAACACCCCCUCCCCCCAAAACACCAGUGUGAACAGGUCUCCCCAAGGGUCCAUCUACAGGUAAAGAGAGAAGGGGACACCCUUCCUCCCAGGAAGGGCCCUGGCAAAGCCCCCCAAGGCACUCCUUGAAGAGGCUCCCCCGAGCGCUGCUUUGGCCUCCUGUUCCCACCAGGGGCUAACAUCCACAGGCAGCUACUGAAGGCAAAGUUUUGUUGUCACUGCUUAGCUGAUACACUGGGGGUGAAGACCCAAGCUAGGGCAUCCCCUUGAGAUCCUGCGUGAAAGAGCAGCUUUAGGGCAGAGCUUCUUGGGGCCCAGUCAGCAGAGAGGUAUCUUAACAAUCGAUUAAAAUAGCAGGAAGGAGAGGCUUUACUCUCCACUUUGUAGGGAGCUCAGGGGCUUUGCAGGUCGCUGAGAGUGUUGUUUUUAAUCCAGCCUCUACUGCCAAAGGCCGAAGCUCCAGUGUUGGGAGGCUUUUGGGUAGAUUCCCAUGUACCUGUGCCACAAGGUAAGAUAGGCCUAGAUCAGUGGUGCAUUAGGGGCAGCUCGAGGGGCUGGCCUUCCAUUCCCAGCAACCUCCCACCGUCCGGGGACAGAGCUACACCUUGCUGUGUCCCUUCCUCUGUAUUCCCAGCGGGGCUGCCCAGUGCUCCUUCGGGUUUUGGUGGCAUCUCAGGGAAACAAAAUGCUGAUGCUGCCCGGUGGAGGGGUUUUGAGGGCACUCAGCAGGUGAACGGCACCUGAGGACUGGGCAUGGUGAGAUUUCCUCCAAUUUUCUGAGAAGAGGGAAUCCUGUAUGGAAUUUUGAACUUUGCCCGUGGUCUCUAUUGUUCCUGGACAUAAAUUCCCUAAAACCAACUAGGAAGAUAGGGAGAACUGCUUAGGAAAAUGAAAAUGGUCAUUUCAGGGCAAAAAGCCAGACCAUUUCGUGACAGGCCCAGGCUGCAGUAGUUCUGAUAAAAUAGGCUAUCUGCUUUGGGAUAGGUUAGUUUUCCAAAGGGGAGGAGCUUAGGGGGAAGACCAAUGUCUAUGUCCUUCCUUGGCCACCUGAUUCCCUAUUCGUAGCCUUUAGCCAUUUGGUAUCCAGGGGAAAAGGAAGGCCAGGGGUUCAAGUAGGGCCCCAGUGAGCUUCCCAAGAGCUGGAAGAUGCUAAGCUAAAAAGGGUCUAAAAGUAUCUGCCCUGAUUCUCUAGUCUCUAGUAUUUGGAGGUUGGCAAGAUGGAGUAAUGCCAGUUUGGGGAAAAACAGAGGAAACCUUGUUUAACUGGGAAAAGAUCUGUUUGCUUCUUUCUUACACACUGUUUGGGUCUUUCUAGCCAGUGGGAUCAUGGCCACGAUGGGAGAGGCCAGACUGGAUUGUUACUCCUUUGCUGAUUCUGGGUCACAUUUCACCUGCCAGCUUUAGACAGACAUGAACAGUGUCUCUGCAAACCAAAGGCUGCAAACCCCAGGCCUCUUGGGGAGAGAGAGAAGACUGGCAAAGACAGUAAACACUGUGCUUGGUCCAGAGGAGUGACUGUGUCCCUGUCCAACGACAACCUUGAGAAGCUUUGGGCCAGUUCAGAGGUUCUUUCUUUUGGUAUAUCCGAAUUAUAUUGCUCUAGCCUUUUAGGGCACCUUGCCUUGGCUUGCUUCUGCCACUAGACAUCUGUGUCAAAGGCCACACAGCCACGUAUCUGUCAAGGUCAUCUUCCCACAUCUUUACUGGGCUCUAAUACUGUCUGCAGUUCACACUCUGGGGCUGAGAGGAGAGAAGAGGAACACCAUCAGGAACUCUGCAUGACUCAAAACAGGUUGUGCCAAAGAGAGAUGAUGAAGUCUUUAUUCCAGUCCCUGAACUGCAUAAGAGGCCAGAAACCAUGAGCCUGAUGAUUGGGCAAAAUCCAGUGGGAAGUGCGCUGUCGUGAGUGGGGAGAGAUGCAGCUGUGAAGAGGGUACAGAAUAGUCUCUGCAUCAUAGGACAGGAUAUGGGUUUAAUUUGGUCUGGACACAAGAUUCUUCUUUCCCCUCUUGAUAAAGACAGCUAGCAGAAAGUUUAUUUAAGCCACUUCAGGAGCUUUAUCUUUUUGACAAUAUACUGGAGAAACUUUGAAAAACACAUUCAUGCUGAAAUAUAUAUAUAUUUUGAUAAUGCAAAUACAACAGCCACAUGUUAAUCCACCCUGCACUUCUUUGAAUAUACUCCGAAGCAUUUGUUAGCUAAGAGAGAUGUUUUUUUUCCCUCUAAACAGGAAUGUAAAUGUCUGUUUUACUAGAAAUGACAAGUUUUUGUUUUUCUUUGUUGAAAAACGAAAUACAAGAAAGGCUGAUGAUCACAGAUAUUUUAAAUACAAUCCUCACCUCUCCCCAGUAAAGUCCCGUCACAUUACAGUAAGGGUCGGAGUCCAUAUGCAGUGGUUGGAAAGUGACACUCUAGUCGUAGGGAGAGGGUUUUAGAACCUAAUCUUUUUUUUUUUUAACAGGAAAAGAACCUGAAGCCCAGAAAGAUACAGUGACUUGGCCAAAAUCACAUGUUUAGUGACAGAAACAGGAUUACAACCUGGGUUGGAAGACUGUCCAAAUGCUGUGUGCCUCAGGAAGAAUCAAGAAAUUAAGGACUGUUAAUGAAGGACAGGCACCAGAAUGACACAAAGGCCAGAAUUCCCUUCUCAGAUCUCCUGCAGCAAGGCUAGGGAGAGCGUGAAGCCAAGAAUAGGCACCCUACUGGUCUCCUACGCUUCUGAGUUAUUUAGGUCUACGACUUAAAUGAACAAUUGUUUUCUACCAAGAAAUAGUUUUGAAUGAGCUUUUACCUAUAGAUCUUCUAUUAAUAGGACUAAGGAUCAAAGGGAACAAGACAGGAAGGCAGAGGGGACGAGAGCAAAGCAGUGGCGUAUCUUUCAUCACUGCCAUUAGCUGAUUCACUCAGGUUUGGUGAAAACCCAACACUGAGUGAAAGGAGGGGAUUAGUAUUUGCUGUGGGUCUUUUAAAAACUAGUGAAUGUUAAAGAAUUUGCCCAGGACACUGGGGAAGCAUGUGUGUUAGUGGACAGGGGUCUAAAGUACACUGGAAUUGAGAAACCUGUUUGUAAAGACUACUUAAUUGUUGACAUUUUCUUACAAAAAUAUAUUUUGUGAAAUUGUUUACUAUCAAUUAAAGUGCUUUUGUGUAAGCUGG